AUGGACAAGCAAAAGAGCGUAAAUACUUCAUCUUCAUCAGCUCAUAAAGUAGCAAAAAAUUUAAAGAAGCUGGCUGACAGAGAUGAUGACUGGUAUUCUUCAAGUUAGAGUGAUGACAGUUUUUCCUAGGAAGAUACUGAAACAGUUCCAAUAGAUAUUACUAAAUACCUUCCUCCAGCUAACCCUUUGAUUCCUAAAAUAUUUCAAGAAGACUAUGAAGUACGAACUGCAAUCAAUAUUCAAUUUAAUUCACUCCCAAACUUUAACAAAAAUAAAAACUUUCAAUUUAUUGAACCCAGUGAGCGUCCUCUUUAAUUACAAGAAUAUAUUGCUCAGCAAUAAGUUUUAAAAUCUACUAAAUCAUCUAGUCCUUCUGAAAACACUAAAAAUAUUGCAGAAAGCUCCAUUACGAAGCACUUGCCAAACAAAUAAGGAGCUCUUUCUACAUUAAAAUAAGAAAAUGAAGCAAGAUUAUCUUCUACUUUAUAAAAUAAUAUUUCCGAUUAAAUUAAAACAAAUAGCACUGAAGGUAAUUAACAAGAAAAUAUUAAUACUACUAUCUCAACUAACAAAAACUAAAUUAUAAAUACAAAUACUGAAACUAGUGAAUUUAAUAUUCCUACGAAUUAAUUCCAACAAGAAAGGUCUACAAAUAACGUUAUUUCUUAAAAAGAUUCUCAGAAAAAUAUAAAAAUAAAUGACUAAAUAAAACAGAUUAUUCCAAGUUAAUAAUAGGUUAAUACUUAGAGCUAAGUAGUGUAGCAAUAGAAUUAGCAAGUCGUUAACAAUUAAUAAGUUUAAUAAAUUUCUGCUUAGAAUACAACUAUUUAAAAUUAAAAUAAUACAUUAGUAGUCAAGCUUAAAACACUUUUUGAAUAUCAUAAAUAAAAUAGAGAUAAUUUAAUAUAUUAAAAGUACAGUGACUAUAACUUAAAUGACCCAACACGUAUUGGAGAUGUCAUUUACUUUGCUACCUAUAUAGCAAAUUUAAAGAAUUUGAUAAAAUCAAGGAAGAAUAAAGAUGAAGACUCAGACUUUAAUUAAAAUAAGGCAUCGUUUAAUCGAAAAGUUUCUAUAAAAGAAAUAAAAAAUUAUCAUCAUAACUUUCAUACCUCAAAUCCAUCAGCGAACUCUUAAACAGCUAUAAAUGCAAAUUCUUCUGAACAAUAAAAAAUUUAGUUUUCUUCAAGUUUUGAAAGUGGAAAUCUUUUUUGUGCAUAUAAGGUCAAUGAAACAGAAUUUGACUUAAUUCUUUAAAAUGAUAUUAAUACAAAAGGAAAUACAUAAUGGUUCUUUUUUAGUGUCACAAACGCGAAGGCUGGAUAAGUUCUUAAGUUCAAUAUUCUAAAUUUAAAUAAACCAGGUAGUCUUUUUAAUGAGGGACUCUGCCCUGUUAUUUUUAGUGUUAAGCAAAACGAAUUAUCAGGUUAAGAAUGGGUUAGAGGUGGUUUUAAUAUAAAUUAUUAUAGAGGAGACAUUUAAAGAGAUGGUAAUAAAGGAAAACCCCAUUAUACUUUAACUUUUAGCUAUUAUAUCCAUCAUUCUCAAGAUACUAUUUAUUUUGCACACUCUUUUCCUUACACCUUUACAGAUUUAAAAGAAUAUAUUAAUGACUUUAUGAAAGAUGAAACUAAAAAUAAGAAAGUUUCAGUAAAAAAAUUAUGUAAAACACUAGCUGGAAAUAAUUGUGAAAUGCUUACUAUUACUUCAAGUUCUAUGGUUAAAAGGUUUUAAAGAAAGGGAAUUGUUAUUUUUGCGAGAUAGCAUCCAGGGGAGACAGGUGGAUCUUAUAUGGUACAAGGGUGUAUAGAAUUUCUAUUAGGAGACUCUCCGUAAGCAGAAUACCUUAGAGAUAAUUGUGUAUUUAAGAUUGUACCUAUGCUUAAUCCUGAUGGAGUUAUUCACGGUAAUUACAGGUGCUCUUUGGCGGGCUGUGAUCUAAAUAGAAGAUGGAAAAAACCUCGUAAAAAAUUGCAUCCUACUGUUUUUCACAUGAAGGAAAUGAUAAAAACAUUUGGAAGAGAACGUGAAAUAAAAUUAAUAAUAGAUUUGCAUGGCCACAGCAGAAAGAUGAAUACCUUCUUUUAUGGAUGUUCUUACAAAGAAGACCCUGUUCUUACAAGAAUUUACCCUUAUAUGAUGUCUAAAAUGACUGAUUAUAUUAAUUUUGAAGAGUGUAGAUUCAAUGUAUAAAAAUCAAAAGAAAAGACUGCAAGAAUAACUCUUUGGAAGGAGUAAAGAGUCAUGAACGUCUUUACAGUAGAGGCUUCUUUUUAUGGAAAAUAAAAAAAUUAAACUAAAACUCAUUACAGCAUUUAAGACUAUUUAGAUAUAGGGAAAAGUUUAGUUGUUAAUUUAUAUAAUUAUUUAUGGGAAGAUGAAAGUGAAGAUAAUAAAAAUAGCAAAAAAAUCAAUAAUUAACUUAACAAGAAUAGCAUUCUAAAAGAAAUAAAAGAUAAUGAAUAAAAGAUUAUUAAUAUGGAGUCAAAGAGUGAUUCUGAUGGAUCUGACUCAGAUCCUUCAGAGGAUGAGUUAUCAGAUGAAUAAAUGAUUAAGUUGCUUCCAAAAUCAGUUCUUACUAAAAAAUAAAAAAAAUUACUAGAAUAAGAGGAGGAAAAAGCUAAAGAAAAAAGAGAAAAAGAGCUUGCAGCUAAAAGACUUUAAAAAAAGAAUGAAUUAUUAUAAGGCAAUUAAUCUGAUUCACAAACUGACAGGAAGAAAUUUUUAAUAAGCAAAGUUAUGCCUAGGGUAUAAAAAGUAGUUGAAAAAAAACCUGAAAAUAUAAAACCUGAAGGAUAAGUUGAAAUGGUGGAUGCAGCUGUUUAAACAGAUGCCUCUUUCAUUAUGGAGAUGAAGGCUUAUUUAAUGAAAAAAUAAUCUCUUCAAAAUGGCUUGUAAAAUGGAUAGUCAAUAAACAGUCUUCUUAAGAGUUAAAGCAUGGGUGGAUUUAUGAUUAAUAAGUUGCAGCAAAAAGUUUAAGAUUAAACAAAUAGGUAAUUGGUUCCUAAUUUGAUGAGCAAUCCCUUGGCUAGAAAAGAAAAUCAAUUUUUUGUAUAAUAAUAAAAUUAAUAUCAAAGAAACUCCUUAUAAUAAAAUAUAUCACCUUAAAGCCAAAUGAGUGCUUUAUUCUUUGAUAAAACUAAUGGUAGCUAAACUUUGAGGCACUAGAAUGAGAGCAAAUUUUCUCAAGGAAAUUACAAAGUCAAAGAAAUUAAUUCUUCAAAAUAAGAAGACUCACUCAAAGAGAAAUAGAACACUUAGGGCUAGCUAAUAAAAAGCGACAAUCCUGAAUUAAAUUAGCUUAACAACGGUUAACAAAAUGGAGUUAGUGCCACCCAAUCUUAUCAAAAUAAUAGUUAAUUGAAUGGCUAAAAAGAAUAAUAAUUUUAAGCACCUCAGAAAUAGAAAACUCCUUAACUGGUCAGCAAGAGUCAAAUGGUUGAAGGAGGUGGAAUUGCACCUAACAAUAACAACACUAGGUAUAGUCAAGUUAAAAGUUUGUUAACUACUAACAUAAGCAGCGUAUUAACGAAUAUAAUUCCAUAAACAACAACAAACGCUUUUAAUAAUAAUAACAAUAAUAGCUCAAAUUUACCAUAAUUAUCUAAUCCUAGCUUGCAAAAUAUCAAAAUGAGCUAGCAAAUAACUCUUGCCGCAAGUAAUAAUUAGUAAAUUACCAAUGUAAAUAUGAUGGUUUCCCCAAAAACAGAUAAUUUUUUGAUUAAAAAAUCAAAAUCUUCUUCAAACGCCAUAAUGAGAUAAAGUAAAAUAAUAAUUUCAAAUUAAGGUAAUGAUUUACUUGGCAAUAAAAAAUAGAGGUUUACAAAUUUAAACAACUGA